AUGGUUUCGGCUACAGCAAAACAAACAUGGACGUCAGCUUCGACUAAUCAAUCCCAAGAGAGAGCUUCGCAUACCAUAAUCGACGAGGAUAAUGCAAUCAGCUUGACUGCGCAUUCUUCCUCAUCGAAGAAGAAAGAACUGAGCGCUUCGCCUGUCGUUAGAAAGGAGUCGGUGUCAACACGGCAGGUCUCUGAAAAUCGGCAAUCAGGCAACCCCCAAGCGAACAAGGAGACACUGAGCAGAUGGCAGGUCCCUGCAGAUCGGCAAUCAGGCGACUUCCAAGCAAAGGAGGGGCAUCAUGUGGACAAACCAAUGCGCCGUAGUCAACGGUCAAUCAACCCACACCCCGCAAAUAGUGCUGGGUUGUUCAAACGUACCCGAGCUGAGGUUGCAAAGAGCGCACAGGCCAAGCGCUCUGCAAAGGCCAGCGUUGUACAAGCUAAGUCCCAGUCUACAGAGGCAGCAAAGAAGUCUGAGGCUGAAGGGAUAAAGAAGUUGGCUCAGCUUGAGGAUCAGAGACGUCGAGAGGAUCGCGCUGAAGAAGCUUAUCUCAAUGCUUCAGUAGACGAGAGAGACAGGAACGAAGACAUACCGGCGACAGAUGGAUUGGUUGAAGCUAAUAACUUGACAGCUAUGGAUGUUGAUGAUAGUAUUCAUGACAGAAAGAUCUCGUACCAGAGGCACAUUCACGAAGAUGAAGAGGACGGCGGCAUCGUCAGCGACGAUAUGGAUGUGAUGGAUGGCUCGACCAAGUCACCUGCCAGUUCAAAAAAGCACCGUACUCAAGCAGAAAAGCGCAAGGCAAGGGCAACAGAGGUCCGCCUAUCAGUAUCUGCUGUACGAGAAGUAGCGCGAGCCCCGAAACGAACCUUAUUGACUGCGGAAUUGUCCAAUUUGUCCGCACCAGCAAGAAAGAAGAGUAAGGGAGCACAACAUUCUGCUCUCGAGGCAGACUGGCGCGAGAAGGUGUCUUCUAAGCUGAAGGGUCAUACCGCUACGUCCCCUUCACUUCAUUCGAAGACACCCUCCUGCAUGCUGCUUCCCUCUACCCUCAUCCAACAAGCUCGCCGAACUCCGUCCGUUCCCCAGGCUACAAUUCGCCGCAUCAAGCCUCGAAUCUCUCGUUCAGAAGAGAGAAAUAUCGACUCUGAGGAGGGGAGUCCGGAUUCAGACAUAGAAGGGGGAUUUACGGAUGUCAAUGUUGCUACACCUAAGGAGGAUGCCGUGAAGGCAAAAGCGUCUACUCGUAAGCUGAACACGGUCGUUGUCGCACUGAAUGAGGACGAAACACCCGUAGACAUGAAUGCCUUGCGUCGGCCACGAUCUCAAGUCGGUCCAGCAAAGUCACUCUCGAAAUCACAGCUUCCUGAGUGGGCGAAGAAACACUGGGACUCCAAAAUCAUUCCGACUCUUCUUGACUUCUACGGCAUUCAAGACGACCCCUGGAAUCUUGACGGCGACGAUGGCGUGACGCUUUUCCGUACAGCCCUUCAGCAAACCAUCAACUUAGUUUGUCCUGGUAUCAAGUACACACCGAUGCCGGUCCGUGAUAAAGUUUAUCUCAUUCAUUCGAAUGAUGUAUCAUAUGCCAUCAUUCUUCCAUGGAUAGAUGCUAAACAUGCGAAAAUAGAUGACACCUCACAGGGUUUAGGCAUCUCAAAUUCUGUGAAGUCCCAAAAAGCACGCCAGGCCGUCUAUGAUUGGCAUCGCAGGUUUCAAACGAAGGCCAUCCAGGCAGUGAAGUCUACUGUCGCUUCUUUGGGCAAUAAGAACACUGUGAAGGCUUUUGUCCAGAAGGCUUUACAGCCCAAAUACGGGGCUGCGUACUGGGCUACGCCAGAUCCCGAGCGCCCCGAGGGUGCAAUGCAAUCAAUCUAUAUUGUGAAGGUUCUAGCAAUGCACGUCAAAUCGACGCAGGGGUCUAUUUUCACACAGAAGUAUUACCCUGUCGGGUCGCUCUGCCUUGCUGUACUGGCCGUUAAACGCGCGUUUUUAGCGUAUUCCACUGGUUCCUUCAAGCCUUUAAACACGAGCUUCUCAGAGGAACACUGUGGAACAAAGACACAGGACUUGCGGCAGGGACUCACGAUUCGGACCUUCCUCAAGAAACCACACCGACAGGACGAGCUGGCUGAACGAAUCAGCCGUUAUUUGGCAAACGGCGAUGACAUUGAGGAUCGGGGCUUUGACGACGACGAAAACGCGAUCGUUGACCGUAGCAGCCCCCCUCCAAGUAACGAUGAGCACGAUCUAUUGGAUGACGACAGACUUAAUGACAGCGACGAUCGGUAUGCCGAAGAUGAUGGUAUGAAUAAUGAUUAUGAGGACAAUGAGGAUUGUCUCGAUCGCACUCAGUGUGGUGAGACUGACGAGGAUGAUUACGAUGACGCUUGA